AUGAGGCUCUGGAAGUGCCUCAGAGGAUCCAUACCUGCCCGUGUGCUCCAGAACCCGUGCCGGGAGCGGUAUGUCAGACAGCUCGCUCAGGUUGCUUCAGCCCUACGGACGUCCUCCGACGCUUCCUUAAACUCAAAGGAUACACCAAAACGAAAUGCUAUCAGUCUUCGGCCAUAUCAAGAGGAGUGUAUAAACGUUAUCGUCAGUAACUUGCAGGACGGUAGAAGGCGCCUCGGUGUGUCUUUAGCUACAGGCUCUGGGAAGACGGUCAUUUUCACUCAGCUUAUCGAGCGUGUCCCGCCUCUGUCGCCUUUGGCGACGCAGACGCUGAUCCUUGUUCAUCGAAGAGAGCUGGUGGAUCAAGCAGCGAAGCAUUGCAUGAAUACUUAUCCUGACAAGAUCGUCGAAAUCGAAAUGGGUGAUUCUGCCGCAUCCGGUGUUGCCGAUAUCACUGUUGCUUCCGUCCAGUCUCUCGUAUCGCAGGACCGGUUGAUGAAAUUUGACCCGUCACGGUUCAAGCUCAUCCUUAUUGACGAAGCCCAUCAUGCUGCGGCUCCGUCUUAUACACGAUGUUUGGAGCAUUUCGGCGCUGCGACCUCUGAUAGUACAGUGAACGUUGUUGGUGUAUCCGCGACUCUGUCUCGUGUGGAUGGACUUGCGCUUUCCUCGGCCAUGGACCAUAUCGUAUAUCACAAGGAUUACAUCGACAUGAUCGGCGAAAAGUGGCUGUCCGAUGUCAAGUUUACCACCGUCAAAUCCAAUGCGGAUCUGACCAAGGUGAAAGAUAAUCCGCAUGGAGAUUACCAAGUUGCUGCAUUGUCUCGAGCAGUUAACACCCCCCUGUCCAACGAAAUCACUGUUCGUGCUUGGCUUGACAAAGCACAAGGACGCAAAUCAACCAUCGUAUUUUGCGUGGAUCUGGCUCAUGUUACGGAUUUAACAAAUACAUUCCGCAAGCACGGAAUCGAUGCGCGAUUCGUGACAAACAAGACGCCAUUGAAGGAAAGGCGACAGUUGGUUGAGUCUUUUAGACGGAACGAGUAUUCGGUCCUUGUGAAUUGCGGCAUCUUUACCGAAGGAACGGAUAUUCCCAACAUCGAUUGCGUCCUGCUGGCCAGGCCAACCAAAUCGAGAAAUCUGUUGGUUCAAAUGAUUGGACGUGGUAUGCGUCUUUCUCCAGGCAAAGCUGACUGUCAUGUUAUCGAUAUGGUUGGCUCUUUUGCAACAGGCAUUGUCUGUGUGCCUACGCUAUUCGGUCUCGACCCUAACGAACUAGUUGACGAAGCUAGUGCCUCGGAACUCACGCAGCGAGGCAAAGAAUGGGCCGAGGAAAAGGAAUUGAUGGACAAGGCGGAACUCGAACAAACCCCUGAAUACUUGCGUCUUGGUAGCGUGACAUACACCGAUUAUGAUCAUGUAGAUGAUCUUUUGGGUGACGUAACUGAUCCCCACUUAAGAAGAAUCACACAACUUGCAUGGGUCUACUGCGGAGGGCACAAGCACAUUUUGUCCAUCGCAAGGUUUGGCUUUCUUCGAGUAGACCGUGAUGAAAAGACAGGUUGCAUGCCCCAGCGACUUUUCUAUUGCACGGAAACGCGCAAUCUGCCUAUGGAACUAGGCACGCCGGGAUCUUCCCGACGAGUCAUCCUCUCAAAACCCCGCACCCUGUUCGAAAAUGUUGACGGUUUCGAAAAUGCAAUCCACGCUGCGGAUACAUACGUACUCAACAAAGCUAGCAGGGUCCUUUGCUUGCGAGACGCAAGUUGGCGAUUGGCUCCGGCAACUCCGGAGCAGGUGAACUUGUUAAAUAAACACCGCGAGCCUGAAAACGCAUUGACUGUUGAGGGCUUGACAAAAGGAAAGGCUAUGGACAUGAUUACCAGGUGGAGACACGGAUUCAAGAGUCAUUUGGAAAAGGAGAUGAAGAAGGCUGCGAAGGCGGCCAAGCAGAGCGAGAAGGACCGAAGGAUUCAAGACAGGGAAGCGGUAGCUGUAGGGCCUAUGGCAAAGGAUAGCUAG